AGUGGAAUGCCUGCUACUCAAAGUCGGGUGCAUCGUCGUGUGCAAGGCUAGCUCUCUUUCUGCAAUGUUAGCUGCGUUGCUCGGUUGCUUACAAGGCUACCAUGACCUGUACAUCAAAACAGGGCUUUUGCAAGGCGACAUAUCUACCGGAAACCUGAUGAUGAAUGAAAAUAACAGCCAUUCCCGGUCUGCAUUUCUUAUCGAUUUGGACCUCGCAAUCCGUGAGAAGAGAGACCAGCCUUCUGGGGCACGAGGUAAAACUGGUACGAGAGCUUUUAUGCCUAUAGGGCAGUUGCUGGGUGAGCGCUUUGACUACUUAGUACUAAGUCAUCUAGCAAGUAUAAAUUCGCUAUAAUUCUCAAAAUACAGUAAUUAUUGCUCGCACUAAGAUAAGAAAGAUAUUAUGCUUAUUUUAUCUUAUUUACAUCUAUAUCUGUCAC